AUGGAACAUUUCUGCCAAUGGAGUGGAGUUACUUGUGGUAAAAAGCAUCAGCAAAGAGUUGUGGAUUUGAGCUUGGAAGGACACAGCUUAGUAGGUUCCUCGAGUCCUUCAAUAGCCAAUCUUACCUUUCUCCGAUCAAUCAACCUCGCCAACAAUAAGUUUCAUGGCUCGAUUCCUCGAGAGGUUGGUGGGUUGUUUCGUCUACAAUAUCUCAAUUUAACAGACAAUGCUUUUAGUGGGGAAAUUCCAACCAAUAUCACAAACUGUAAAGAACUAGUACUAGUCUAUUUGAGUGGGAAUAAGCUCGUCGGACAGAUUCCGGUCCAGCUUGGUGAGCUCUCAGGGCUCAACUUUUUGUAUCUUCAUGAGAAUAACUUAACUGGAGCCAUUCCAAACUCUCUAGGGAACCUUUCAUCCCUACAAGCACUUACACUUACGGAUAAUAAUCUAGACGGUGAAGUUCCGUCAGAACUUGGUAGGCUUGAGGAGUUGUAUAUCCUUUACUUAUCUGAGAAUGAAUUGUCUGGGGAUAUGCCUCUGACGAUUUACAACAUUUCCUCCUUGGAGUACUUCUAUUUCGCAUUCAACAAAAUCAGUGGAAGAAUUCCAUCAGACUUAGGCUUCACUCUUCCUCGAAUCCGAAGGUUUGGUGGUUCAGGAAAUCAGCUUAUUGGACUAAUCCCGUUUUCAUUAACGAAUGCUUCACUAAUUGAAGCAAUUGAUUUAGCUGACAACAAGCUUGCUGGAGUAGUACCGCCUUCUCUGGGAAGCUUACCUCGACUUACCUGGCUUAAUUUAGGGGACAACAAGCUCACUAACGAAGGCGGGAUCAAGUUGAACUUCUUUUCUUACCUGGCUUAA